GCACAACAGAACUGGUCCCUAGUGAACAAACACAUAUCACACUCCGUCACAUCAAGCCCGUGGAACCCUCAACGUGUGUGAAUCAAGAGUAUCCGCUCUCGCAGUAUAGUUAAGUCAACCGAUCAACCACCAUCCAUCGCCAAAUGUCCACCAUUCAAGAAUCCAAGCCCACCAUCGAAGGUAGAAUCUACAUUGGAAAUGUCGAUUUCAAGGCCGAAGAAGAUGAUUUAAAGCAAUUUUUCGAGGGUCUCACCGUUGAAGAAGUGAGCAUUCCCAGCAAGAUCAGAAAGUACGGCACCAAGACUGUUGAAAAGCAUUUGGGGUUUGCCUUCGUGCAGUUCAAAACCGACGCCGACGCCGAACAAGCCAUUGAAAAGUAUAACGGCCAGGAGUUCAAGAACAGAAAAAUCUAUGUGAAGAAGGCAGUUCCCGAGCCUACCGAAGAAGAAAAGCAGAAGAAGAACGAGUUAUUCAAGGCCAAAAAGGCCGAACAGGCUGCUGCCAAAAAGGCCAAGAAGCUUGUCAAGGCCCAAUUGAAGAAAUCCGAUGCAUCCGAAAACGCCUCUGAAGCUAGUGAUGCUCCUGAAGGUGUUCAGAAAGUUGAAUCAAAGCCUACAGAACCAAGAGAACCGAAAACCGCUCCUCAAGGAAAAGCUUCAGACGAUACCAUCUUCAUCACUAACUUGGACUAUAAGGUGAAUUACAAAACCUUGACCACGUUGUUCAAGGACCUCUCACCCAAAUGGAUCCACGUUCCAACCAGAAAAGUCCCUGCCCACAUUUACAAAAUUCAGAAGGCCAAGGGUAGAAGUAUUUUUAACAAGGGAAUUGCGUUUGUGAAGUUUGCUGACCACGACACGCAAGUGAAGGCUAUCGAGGAGUUUAACGGCAAGGAAGUCAAUGGCAGAAAUAUCAUUGUUGAUGUGGCUGUCGAUGCCAGAAUCCCCACUGAAGCCAGCGAAGGUAGUGAAGAAAGUGUAGUACCCGAAGCUGCUGCCAUCAACGGGGAUGCUGCCAGUGAAGCCACCGACGUCGAUGCUUUGCCCGAGCCAGCUUCCGAAGAAUCUGUAUGAUGGUGCCAUUAUUGCCGAUAGUCUUAUUAAGUGUAUGUGUUUACAUUGCAACGGUUCAGUCAUUCGAUUACCUGGCCAGAACCACAUCUGUAGCCAGCGGUUAUGUGUGUUGGAGAGAGAACAGAGCCGAUGGCUCACCUCGGCACGGUGUAUAUAUAAUUUGUAUUUUAGUUGUACAUAUACAAUCAGCUGUGG